UAUUUUAGGUCCUGUAUAUCAACUACAAAGACAUGCAGCUACAGUAUGACAUUAAGCUUAUUGUGAGCCAUACAUAAAUACUAGAACAACCUCGUUUCUUCCAUAGAAAUAUAAACGUACUCAUUCUAGUUCCGUGAUAACUUCAUUAUCGAUGUUUAUACUUCAUUAUCGAUGUUUAUUCUACAUUGGUUACCGGAAACCGCCCAACGCCACCGGCUAACUUUCACUUUCACUCGCCAAUAUUUAAAGGUCCAACGCCAGAAACAGAAACAUGAUCUUGUCAACAUUCACCAGCUGAGAAUGAACACUUACCUAAUUAUCUUAUGCAUUCUGUCUGAAGCAGUCUCUGUCAACGUCGUAGCUAGAGGAGACACCAGGGUUGACUUCAAUGCCGACGCAUCAUAUACCUGCACCCAUGCGGACUCGACAGGUGUGCUGCAAGUCACCUGGCAGAGGCUGUUCAAAGACGACUCGGUGGAGAAUCUGGCCACCUACAGCAAGCGGUUUGGAGCUCAAAUCAUAGACCCGCACCGAGGCAAGGUGGUUUUCACGGAGGCAUCUCUCAACUCUACGUCCAUUACCGUGAAGAAUGUAACAUGGUCGGAGGAAGCCUGCUAUAUUUGCUCCUUCAAUGUUUACCCGAGUGGUUCAAUACGCAAGCAGACUUGUCUUACCAUUCAAGGGCUCUCUCAUCUGGUGAGAACACAGCAGGUUGUCACAGCAACCCUGGGAGAAGAUGCAGUCUUAAACUGUGAGCUCAUGACACCCAAAGACGUGCGGCAAGUCACCUGGCAAAAAGUGACAACUGGGACGAAUGAAAAUGUGGCCUCCUAUAGCAAACAUGGUCCCAAUGUCAACCUACCUUUUAAGGGGAAAGUGGAGUUUGAAGACGAGGGACUGCAGAACUGCUCUAUCGUCAUCAGAGGAGUGUCAAGAGGAGAUGAGUGCUGCUACAAGUGUCUGUUUAACACCUUUCCAGAAGGAGCUAUCAGUGGAAGGACCUGCCUCAAAGUCCAUGAGCUGUAUGGACCCUCACUCCUCAUCACACAAACCAACAACAGUCACACCACUCUGUCCUGUUCUGCUACUGGACGACCUGCUCCUAUAGUGACCUGGGAUGACAUAAUGAUAGAACAUUCCACCAUGGUUGAUGUCACCCAUCCCAAUGGAACUGUCACUAUGACAACUACUGUAACAGUGCUAGUGUCCAGUCUAACUAACAAAGAAGUUAGGUGUGUUGCUUCACUAUCCUUCGGUGGUUCCAUCAAGGCGGUUUCCGAGGUGAUUCCAGCUAGUGAUCAAGCUUCAUUUGCAGGUAAAUCUCAGGUCUCUGAUGAUGACAGGAUCAGUGGUGCAGUGGUGGGUUCAGUGAUGGGUUCAGUGUGUCUCAUCUCUGUAUUCUGUGUAGUAUGUCUGCAAAAGAGGAAAAAAAAAAACUCCUCCAGGGAAAAAAACAUACCGGACCCUGAAAUCAGCAAGACUCCUCUAAAGACACAACAGAACAGAUUACCAUCCAAACAUGUCACACCAUCCUCCAGUCCAUCACAAAUGUCACACUUGUCAACCAGCUCGUCAACCAAGCGUAGGAUGACUAAGAAUACAUCUUUCAGGGACACAUCAAACUCCAGUCCAUCAAUGAUACAAUCCCUCAGCUCGUCAGCCAAGCGUACGAUGCAUCAAGCUCAGGAGGCUGUAAAGAAUAUCUCCAGCCAAGAAUCAGAUGAUGGUGUAACAAGAAACCUUCUAGAAGAUGAUGACUACUGAGUGACUCUAAUCACAUUGCCACACACACCAAAUCACUAUUGACUAAUCUGGUUAAUAUUCUUAUUCUUAUUCUUAUUUUUUACUCAAAACUGUCUGUCUGUCUCACUUUCUUUACUUAAGCCAUAGCUUAAUAGGGUUAUUUCCUGUCUGUGCCAUAUUCACAUUAGUCACAGCUGCUGUUAGAAAUGUUCUUAUAAGGUUGUCCAUUUGUUUUAUGUUUUUGUUGUCUCCAUGUCUGUUUUUCAGUGUUUAGAUACAUGAACGUUUCUGCACUUCUUGUAUUAUUAUUUAUUUUACACUUCCCCAAACCUCCCUGUGAUUUCAAAAGAACAAAUAAAACAUUCAUUCAUUGUAAAAAGAAGAAAAAAAACUAUGUAGCCUAUUGUGUGAAAAUAUUUUAAACUGUCAUGUUAAUCUUAUGGAUUGUCAGUCCUUGGUUUGCAUCUGUAGCUGUGUUGAUGAAUUUGAGAGUGGUUAUUCUCCAGCUCCAUCCCUCAGUUUGUGGCUGGGCUUGUUGGGCUAAAAUACAAACUUCCAGAAUGUGGCACCAUCUAAUGUUUACUUAUUAAACACACCAGAAAGAAGAGUGAGAGUAUAACAGUAGAGUUCUCACCUCUUACAUUAAGCAGGAUUACUGGGACUGGCUCAGUGCAUAACCUGUAGACUAUAAAGGCCAAUUUAUUAUUGAACCAAAAAUGUGUUCCGGAGGCUCUGUAAUGAGGGUGAGACGCAAUUGCAGUGCCUCCAGGUGCUUGCGGAGGCCAAAUCAAGCUCUGUCAUGCAUUGCUGUGCGCUUCCAAAAUGUUGUAACAAUGCGGAGAGCUCCGUAUAGCUCGGCAUUGACAUGAUUGUUUGACGUUAGGUGGGGGCGAUACAUCCUGCAUAAACACAAACUCACUGCCUUGACAACUUCCUUGACAACAAACAUGGAUAACUUGGACGAAAGGCUAUCGGAGCAAGUGCACAAAUAAAAAACAUAUUUAUGAUAACUUGUGUUGGGAUUUCAAAGACCCGAAUGAGUGAACUCCUGGAAAGAGAUCUGGGAGGUAAUGGGGAUAGAUGUGGUAAAGAAGUAAAUGGAAUGCAGAACGCGGGGGAUAGAAGGAAGCUGUAUUGGCGCACGUUCAACAAAUCGGAUCUAACAAAGUGGAUAUUUGUCAAAUCUGUCACGAUUGAUGUAUUGUAACAGGCCCACAAUGUGUUAUUAAAAUCAGAUUUGGAUAUAAUUGGCUGUUUUCGCUGCAUAACAUUUCAGGUUUAGAAAAAGAGAUCUAAAUUCUAACUCCCAUGGGUAUAAACUGAUCGCAUGCAGUUAGCAUACAGAAACGGUGGUGGUAGUCAAAGUAGUUUCUAACUAAUGCAUUUGAUUGAUGACGAUGACAGGAACAUGUGUUAGGGUUGACAUUCAUAUAAGUAUCGUAGCGACCCGCACAGACAGUUGUGGGUUAUGUGUUACUUACCAGUGUUCCCGGGGUCAUGCCAAUCAACCUGCUAUCUGCCAAUCACGGGUAUGCCUGGAAUGUUCUGAUACCGGGCAGCCUGGUGGUUGGCGGAGUGGCGUGAAGGGGGGUUGGGCAGGGGGAUGGAGCAUUGGAAGUUAAGACCGGGUUUAGCCAUUGUUCUCUCUCUUACGUCUGGACUUCACAAGAGAAGGUCAUGGUUGGUUUGUAGUGUACCUUUCAUUUAUUUGGCAUGGGCUACGGCCAAACAGUAGCCUGUGUUAAGUUGGGUUAAUAAACCGUCCAUUCGUUAACUCCA